UGGUAAAAGAAACAAAUUAAAAGUAUUGACUGGAAACAAUGACGCUACUAGUAUCGGUUGGUAUUCUUUCCCUCCUUAUAUCAGUACAAGCAUCUUUCAAAAAGGGUACUGCAGCUUAUCCUGGCAAUCUUCUUUGUGAUGACUUCAAAGUUCUGAACAACAUGUCAUGGUGGUAUGAUUGGCACCAGGAUAUGGACUUCUUUUAUGAGAAAGUCGGGAAGGUCUGUGACCAUUCUAACGGAUGGCCUGUUCCUCCACAUAUACCUAUGCUGAAAAAAUAUAAUAACCACACGCAGCUUCAUAUACAAACCUGGGGCCCGUAUGUGUUGGGUUUUAAUGAGCCAAAUCACAAGGAUCAAGCUGAUAUGACACCACAGGAAGCUGCUGAUGCCUGGCCACUAUUGGAACAAAACUCACAUGGCGCAAAACUUGUCAGUCCAACAACGGCAGGUGCAGCAUUUUGGUGGUAUGAUGCCUUCUUUAAAUUAUGUCACGGCUGCCGUAUCGACUUUAUUGCUGCACACAUGUAUAACUGCGAUGCCAAUGCAAUAAUGUCGUACCUCCAGAAGCUGUAUCACCGGUACAAUAAGAAAAUUUGGCUCACAGAGUUUGCGUGCCCUCAUUCUACAGACGAAAACCAACAGCUGAAUUUAAUGAAGAAUUUACUGCCGCAACUAGAAGCAGCCCCUUUUGUCUACAGAUAUUCAUGGUUUUCUGCAAGAAUAAAACGUGUAUUUGGGGACGGAUUUGUCACUCCAGCAGCCAGUUUGUUACAUCAAAAUACCUCCACAUUGACUAUGAUAGGCCAGUACUACAAUAACUUCCAACCCGGUCACGGACAUCAUCCACAUGUUGUUGGCUAAUAAUGUGUUGUUUGCUAUCAGCUAUAUAUAAAAUAUAAAACAUG